AUGAGGAAAAGCUCAUUGAUUAAACCAUGGGCUUAUCCUGUUAAGCAAUCACAAGAUACGCAACAUUCUUCUAGAAAGGAAACUAAACCAACACAGCGAGUUAUCCCUCCGAAAACAUUGCUUAACCAAAAUUCUUCAAGAUCCGUCAGAUCUGAUACGAAAAACAUCUCAUUAUUAACGGAUAAACACUGUAUUGAAGCACAAGAUAUACUAGAGUCAGGUGAAAAUUACGACAAAAUUGACAACGAAACUUUAGAUAUUUUACCUCUUUAUUUAAAUCAAUACUCACAAACAUGUGCUCGAAAUAAAGAUUUAGAUAGUGCAGAAAAAGCAGCAUUACUAAAAUCUAAAGCAAAAACAGAAAAUCAAAAAAGAAAAAUAUUAAAUUCCGCAAGAUCAAAAGAUUCAUUCCAAGAUGAUUUCGAGGAUGAUACAAAUAAGCAAAACACACCAAAUUUCGAUGAUACACUUAAGAAAUUCGAUGAAGAAACAAAUAAAUAUUAUCAAGUCUUAAAACAAAAGCAUGAGAAAGAAAAUAGUGAUUUUGAACGUAUCUGGUCUGAAGAGAUGCCCUCAAAAUACAGGAAAUGUUCACCAGAACUGCUCCAACAGAAGUAUAUUUACCAACAAUUAAUUUUAACAAAACAAUAUACGACGGCCAAACAAAAAUCGAAAGAAAUCGAAUACAUGGAACAACAAGAAGUCAUCAGAGCACAAAACCAAAUGAACUAUGACUACAUUAACAUGAAAAAACAGUUAAUUCACAAACAAAACAAAGAAGAAAUCGUUUUCCUUGAGAACAGAAAGAGUCUAAGAGAAACAUACGAGACACAAAUGAAGAAAGAAAAAGAAAAACAACAAAAAUUGAAUCAAAACAAAAACAGAGAAAAAACUUUGAAAAAAACUUCAAGAGAAAGAAGUCAAGAAGAAGAAACAGGAAUACAAAGAUUCAAUGGAGCUUACAGUGACUUGAAAUCAACAGAAGAAAAGGUCCAAAUUGACCCUUUAUUGCCGAAUUUAAUCGCUCCUAUUCAAUCUUUGAGAGAACAAACCGUUUUUGUCACAAAACGUGACACGACCAAACCGAAACCUAAUUUACAAACAGGGGAAUUGAACAAGAACAUAUGGGGUCCUAAUGUUGACUUAUCACACAAAAUGUUUUCGCUUAAGAAAGAAAACAAAAAGUCAAAUUUGCCAAAAAUCAAAAAGACGAAAUUAGACAUGAAUUCAUUGAACAAAUUCAACAGGAUACAGAAAGAAUGGUCGAGUGUGAAGAUGACGAGUGAUGAAGACAUGAAAUCAGGAUGUGACUCAAACAUGUCAAUGAUUGCGAUGUGUGGAAGUGAUUGUGAAUUUGUUUCAAAUGAAAAUGAUACAAAAGAAGUUCAUUUCGAUGUUGAUGAAAGUGAAAAUGAAGAAAUAAAUGCAAAGAAACCAAUGUUGAGUUUGCACAGAUAUUUCAAUGAGAAAAUUAAUAAAAUUCCUGAAGCAAUUGCAAACAGAGGAAAAGGAAUCAACCACUUGGCUGAUUCCAACUUACUUCCAAAUGAUGAAAACUCUUACAACACUGAAUCUCCUUCUCUCGAUGAAAACAAACAAAAUCAAGCUAAAAAUGAAAAUCCUCAAAAAGAAAUUGAAAUUAAAAAAGAAAUUCAACAAAAUUUGUCAAAUAUUUUACAAAAAGAAGAAAAUAAAGAAGAAAAACAAAAUGAUGAAAAUUUGCAGCAUUUGGAAGAAAAAGAAGAAGAAAAUUCACAAAAUAAAAAUGAAGAAAAACAAAAUGAUGAAAAUUCAUCUGUUUUAGAAAAACAAGAAGAAAAACAAAAUGAAAAUUUACAAAAAGACGAAGAAAAAUUUGAAGAAAAUUCACAAAAAGAUAAAGAUGAAAAUUCACAGAAUUUGGAAGAAAAUGAAAUAAAGAAAGAAAUUGAAGAAAAGAAACAGAAUAUUGAAGAAAAAUUGACAAAUAUUUUGGAGAAAGAGAAAGAUAAUGAAAAUUCUUCUGUUUUAGAAAAAGAAGAAGAAAAACAAAAUGAAAAUUCACAAAAACCUGAAGAAGAAAAUCCAGAAAAAGAAGAAGAAAUUCAAAUAAAGAAAGAAAUCCAAGAAAAUUUGUCAAAUAUUUUACAAAAACAAGAUGAAAAUUCACAAAAAGAAGAUGAAGAAAAAGAAGAAUUUUCAGAUGAAGAUAAACAUGAUGAUAGUUUCCAAAAAGAAGAAGAAAAUGAAAUUAAGAAAGAAUUUGAAGAAAAGAAACAAAAUAUUGAAGAAAAUUUGUCAAAUAUUUUGGAAAAAGAAAAAGAAGAUACUUCUGUUUUAGAUAAAAAUGAUGAAAAUUCUUCAAUUUCAUCUAAUGAUAAUGAAGAAGAAAAUCAAAACAAAGAAGAUGAUGAAAAAACAGAAAACAAAGUUAACGAAACAAUUAACAACAUUUCUAAUGUUUUAUCUCAAGAAAAAGAAGAAAACAAAGAUGAUUCAUCUAAAAAUGAAGAAGAAAACAACCAAAAAUCAUCUGUUUUAGAUGAAAAUUCUUCUGUUUUAUCUAAAGAUGAAAACAAAGUUGAUGAAACAAUUAAAGAUGUUUCAAAUGUUUUAUCGAAAGAAGAAGAAAAAGAUAUAAAUGAAGAUAAAAGUGAUAUUUCUUCUGUUUUGUCUAAAGAUGACAAUGAAAUUAAGAAAGAAAUUGAUGAAGAAAAACAAAAUAUUGCAAAUGAUUUAUCAAAUAUGUUAUCUAAAGAAAAAAAAAUUUCAUCACAAGAAGUAGAAACAAAUUUGUUGUCACAAUCACUUAUUUCAAAAGACAAACAGAACUUGUUGAAACCUCUUUCUGAUUCAUUAUCAAAUGAAACCAAAGAAAGAGAAUUUAAUCAAAAUAAUGAACAAGAAAAAUCUUCUGAAGAAGAAAACAAAGAAAAAGCAUUAAACAUUUUAUCAUCAUCACUUCUUCCACAAACAAAACAAAACAAAGAAAGAGAAUUUAAUCAAAAUCAAAAAGAACAUAUUCAAGAAUUUAAACCAAACAACGAAAUGAAAGAAGAAGAAGAAAAAGAUGAUGAUGACUUCAGUAGUCCAACAGAUGACUUUGAAAGUGAAAAAGAAGAAAACAAUAAUGAAACAAUCAGUACAAACAUUGCAAACAUGUUGAAAGCAACUUUGAGUCAAGAAGAAGAAAAAGAAAUAGAAAGUGAUAAAGAAUUUGAAAGUGAAAUUGAAGAAGAAAACAAAGACAAUCAAAAUAAGGAAAUAAAUGAAAGUUAUAAAGAAUUCUUAAGUUAUACAGAAGAAAAUGAGUUUCCUAAAGAGUUUUGUGAAAGAGAAAUGAAACAAACAAUUAAUGAUGUUUUAGUUUCAUCAAAACAAAGUAACAAAGAAGAUGAUGAACAAACUAAAUUUGCAAAUGAUUUUGUUAUGAAUAAUUCUAAAGAAAUCAUUCAGGAAAUCACGAAAUUAAUCAAAGAAAACAACAAAGAAGAUGAUGAACAAACUAAAUUUUCUAAAAAUUAUUUAGAAACAAACACAAAACCAAUAAUUAAUGAAAUUCUUCACCAAAUAAUAACAGAAAACAAAGAAAAUUCUCAACAAAAACCAGAAAUUCCAAAAGAAGUAAAAAUUAAAAAAGUUGAAGAAAAAGAACCAGAAACAGGAGGUUUAUUUGGAUUGGCCAAAUCAAUGAUUAAUGGAAAGAAAGAGAAAGAAGAACAAAAACAAAAUAAAAAAGAAGAAGAACAAGUUGGAGGAUUAUUUGGAAUGAUUCGAUCUUCAUUUUCACCAAGAGAAAAACAAGAAAACAAAAAACCAAUUUCUAAUUUAUCAUCAUUUUUGAAACCUUCUGAACAACAAACAACAAGAGAUUUCACUCCUAAACAAGAAACAAAACAAAAAAUUGAAGAAAAAUCUCAAUCAAAACAAGAAAAAGAACUUCAAGAAAAGCAAAUUAAACAAAAUAAUGAAGAAAAUGAUCAUAAGUCAUCUGAAGAAAAACAAACAGAAUCUCAAGAAAAUAAACAACAAAAAAUCCAACCAAACAACGAAAAGAAAGAACAAGAAAAUGAACAAGAAGAACCAAAGGAAAUUCAACAAAACAUAGGAAACAAUGAAGAAAUUCCAUCAUCAGAAGAAAAACAAAAAUCAUCUCAAAUGGAUCAUUAA